UUGGAGGGAAGGGACUUUGUCCGACCUGUGCUGCGUGCUCUCGCUGUCCUCGUGCUUAUUGUGCUCAUCGCCUUCGGUUUCUGAUCCAGGAUUAGCCCGGAUAUGUUUCUUAUGGGCUCCUUCAACAUCGGUAGUUUUGUUGUAUACCAUCUCCACCCAUUCAACGCCCAUAUAUACCGAUGAACCGACGGUCAUGUUCCCCGUCCAUUCGCCGCCAUCGCUCCAUAAGUUGAGGAUCAACAUACUCGGGUGUUUGGGAACCCCAUACGUUUUCGACACUAGAGGUUCACCAUUAAAAUACCAACGGCUAAUAUCUUGGAACCAGUCAAUCCGAUGGUCUCCCCAGUGGGUCCAGGGAACAGCAAUUUCUACCUCAUCACUUGCACCGGGUAUGGAUUCAUCAGUCUUGGGGUCCCAGUCUGGCUGAUUAGCAUAUCGGACGAGGUUUGGGGGAUCGCCUGUGAGAAUUUCAAUGUCUGAUUCGUCGCUUUUUCCGUAGUAUGUGAAAACUCCUGCACAUGCACCGACUGGAGGGCCCUUUAUCCAGUAGCUAGUUGGGAGGAAAUAAUGAGCAUCAUCCGUUACGGUACUUAUGUUUCCGCCCUUUUCUUUGGGAAAAUAGAACCAGCCCGAGUUGGCAUAUAGACGUAGCCUGACACGAAGCGAAACAUGAACAAUAUCAGUAUCAUGAGUCUGAACUUCAGCCGUGGAAGUAUGGUUUUCCAUCCGUACAGUGCGAAGAACCAUAUGUGUUGUUUCGUCUCCCCUUUCCGUGCUAUUGCGCACUAUGAAGACAUUAUGAUGUGAAUUUUUAAUCGGGAUCGGGAAGAGGGCUGAUCCCUCUCUGUUCCAGUUCUGGACGUCCCAGUCCUCGAUGAAGCGGCUGCCAGCCAGAGUAGGGUGGAACUCGUUGCUGUCGGCGUUGGGAUCAGGGGCUCCUCCAGCCUCAUUAUCGCGGCCCUUUGAGUCGAAAUCAAUCACCCUGCCGGGUAUGUGUACGGGUAUGCCUCCAUGUCCGGUUCCAGGCAGUCUUCGAGAGGUUAUGUUGCGUCUGUGUUGCUGCGGGUGCUUCUCCUUAUCUGCAGCAAGCUCUAAACCCCGGCUUCGGAAAUCAUAGAAGCGGUGAUGUCUGAAAUACCCCGGGUCUUCACCAGAAACGAUGUAGCACUCGCAGGGAUCGGAUGGGUUAUUGUUGUUAAGGUCUCUUUCCUCAAGCUUGUCACUGCUACUGGCCGGCGUUGAUGCUGUAACAGGGCCGAGAAGGAAGAUAGAGCAGAACAACCCGGCCAGGGGAGCAGUAUAGAGGCCCCUCAUAGCUGGUAAGGUGUGUAUAUAUCAUGGAUAAAGAGGUAUUGGGUUCUUCAUUUGCAAACUGGGACGUCAUGUACUUAUAUAUCUCGACGCCAUUUUUCUGGCCACCGUUACCAUGGUUAGGAAAGAGCCAGCCAGUAUCAACAAAAUCAUAAUCGUCAUCGUCAUCGUCAUCACAAUGGGAAAACAGUAUUCACCGGUAUCAUAGCUCAGCAGGCCAAGUACUGCUACAUUAAUCAAUUUAUACUGCUUAGAGAUGACCCUAGCCAUCUAAGUCUUAGAACUCUCCACGAUUCCAUGAGCAACAAGCUUCUCCAAGUACUCGGGGGUAUAGAUAUUCGUGAACUUAAUGCCGUGAGAAGGGUUCUGCUUUGAUAAAUCUCUUAGGGAAUACGAUAUACACACCUCAGGGAAGAUACGAUAUCUUUGGGGCCGUCAUUAUCAUUAUUACCUCGAAGAACUGCUCGUUUAUCCAUGAGGUCUUCGAUAAUAAAAUCAUCCCCAAAUAAUAAUUGGUUAUUAUGCUCCUUCUAUUAAAAUAUUAAAGACUUUUAUCCAAUCAAAGGGCAAAGCCAAGACCUUAAUAUGUCCAAUCAUAUCUAUCCGUGCGGCCUAAGUUCAGUGAUCACGUGUACGUAAUAUAUAUUCAAUCCAGUAGGUCUUGGCGUCGUUUCCCUUUUCGUCCGCCGCCAAAAGCGUCCACUCGGGGCGAAGUCGCUUUUGUUGUCGCAGGAGAAAAGAUAUAAACUGCAGUCCUUUUCUUGUCUCGAAGACGGUCAGGACAGGGACUGUGAGAGCCGUGGAAGCGUUUGUUUCGUCUUGUUUCCCUUAACUUCUCUGCUAGAUCGUGAUAGGGUGCACGAGUGACUGUGCAAAGCACUUUAACUUCGAGCUACUAGCAGAGAAGAACCAGGGAGAAGGCUAGAGACACAAUAUGUAUACAUAUGAAGAUCGAUGCGACGAUUAUAUUUAAUAUGCUGCUAUGUCGUUCAUCUGCAGACGAAAGACGUGGCUGGCUGCUUCUAAAGUGACCACUUUGAUUAUACGCCCAACAGCUCUCUCUCCCAUUCUCUCUCCGGGGGACCCUGCCUGUCGGCUGUGCCUCAUUCCAACAACUCUGGGCUGGGCUGUUCUGCCUGGACAUCCUGCCGAGUGAGACGCCUUACUUUCCGUUUGGAUGGUGACUGGACCGAUCAUGAUCCUGGCUGUCAUUCAGCCUCGACGCCAUACUCUGUACAUCUUAGGAAGUUGCUGCCUGCCCACCAUGAUACCCGAUACCUAAAUCAUACGUUAUGAUAGUACAUGAUAACGCCAUAAUAUAUGGAUCGAUAACGUUGACAACGAAAUCAGUGUAGCAUGUGGAGCAAACGAGAUCCCAUCUCAAUGAAGACCAACUCCAUGUCUCUCUCGCUGAGCCUCAUGUCCGAACUCAGCCUUAUGAUCUAAAAUCUGUCCCGGCCCGACAGGGUAUAUCCAUCCAUAGGUUGGGUAUCGAACGUGCCAUGUCCAUCAUGAGCUUCUAGAUAGCCUAUCCGAAAGAGAUCAAACAUAGCAUCUGGAUGGACCUGUUACUAUUCACAGAUGGGAUCGGGCCACAUGACUCACACAGCCAGCGCGACCAGGCACCAGGCCUAGAAGCUGAGUGGCGGCUUCACUUGGAUCGAAGUUACAACACCAACAACCGCGGGUUUUGUUGAUCCACUGGGAGCUCUCAUCGAUGAUGAUCGAUGAUGGCCUAUGAUGAUGUUGCCAUCCUCUGCCUCGAGUACGGAGUGCUUUCAUAUUGUCCAGUCAAGUACGGAGUAAAGGCGACCGCGUGACGUACACCGUAAGCUGUCCAUUUUAUUGCUGUGAUCCGUGUAUUGCUCAUUAUAUCUCUUUCGCUCAUUUUUCGCUUUUACCGUCUUAUCUUCGUCGUCCUCGUUAAACUGACCGUGUCAAGCGUCUUGAUGACUCGAUGACUCCUCAGGGACGCGCCGAAGAAGCACGAAUCUGUCACGCAGUCAUGUGCCGGGUAUGUGGGAAGUCAGGAGUCCGUCUCCUACCCUCCUCUUUGUGCAAAAUCAACAAGAUUAAAUACCGUCAUGCCACUAGCGCAUACACAGGUGUUACCCUUGCUGUGAUACCCCAGGGAUCCAUCCGGAAGCCCAAAGCACCUUGUUUGUCCAAUCAUCGGACUAAGCUAUCUUUGUCCAGCCAAUGGCGCAAGCCUCUGUGGCACCCCUGGCGCCCACGGCCCACCGCUGAUGUCAGGCUGCGUUUGGGCAGAAGCCUGCCUUUGUGUCCUCCCUUUGCUUGCUCUACCUUAGUUAGAGACAAGCAAACAAGGAGAAGGGCAGAGGUUUGCCUGCUAGUAGUAGCAGCAAAAGAGUCUGCUACUAGAGGGCCUCCGUGAGAGCAGGAUACGGGUAUAUGCUCCGUGAGGGCGGGGAGGGAGGUGGAGGAAGCGAAGGAGAAUAGAUUACGGAUGGCGUGCCACGGCAGCGCCGGCUGAUGCAGGCGAGCGACCAUCGUAUUCCGUGCAUGGCGUUGGAUCUGGCUUCCGCUUCGGGAAUAGUGAGCCCUACGCUGGCACAGGCCAUCCCUGUCCAGCUUUUCUUUCAUGCUUUUUCUGCGUGUUCAGCGGGACUUGGCGGCGCUCAUCCAGCCCUGGCUCAUACAAAGACUGAUCGAUGGCCACCGCCCCCUUUGCUGGCCACUGUUCCAUACUCCAUACUCACCGUCAGCGCCCAUCAAGACUAUCGACAUCGACAUCAACAUCAAGAGUGUCGUCCCUGCGACAUCGGUUUAAUGGAUAUAUUAGUCUAGACGCCAAACUUCGCCUCACAACCACACAUACACCCGAUUUGUUCAAAAUGAAUACCACCUGUGCUAUGGUCUAGGAGCGGACGGUUCAUUCAUACCAACGUCUAUGUCGAAGACUCGACAUCGUCUAUGAAUACCGCUAUCCGCUAAUCGACCAUGACCACCAUCACCACCGAACGAAGCCCAGUGCUCCUGAGAGCCACGAGCAUGACGGGGGGUAGCCCCCGGCUGUCCCUGAAGCGCGAAAUAUCUCCUCCAUCAGCUGUCGACUCCCAGCUGUUGAACCACAUAUGUGACCGAUUAAAUCAACUGGAUACCACUAUCCAUGAGCUUCGAUCGUCCGUCCUUACCAAGGAAUCAUAUGCCGACAGACGCAAUAGAGAAGAUGAGUUUCUUCGACGAGAGUUUGAUAACCAGCGUGUCCGUAUCGAUACUGUUGGCGGCAAAACUCGAUCGGAUCUGAACCAGGUGAAGACAGAUAUAUCUCAACUUGUUACCGAGAUCGUCCAGCUCCGAUCAAACUUCAACCAACUUUCUUCCAAAGAUGGUUACCGGGACUCUGACCUUUCUCGCCUUCAUGAUCACCUCGACCAGCUUCAUCUUGACGUUCAGCGUAUGCAUUCAGAGUUAUGCUUGACCAGAACGGAUCUCAGCCAAGAACAAUCUAUCGUCAGCCAACUAAGACUCGAUGUCCUUACUCUCCAACGUGAAGCUCGCCAGCAGUUUGGGGAUAUGAUAUCUCGUUUUGACGUUCUGGACUCCAGGAUGAAGCAUAUGGACCGCAUUCGAUUCAACUCGCUCGCAAUCACAGCUCAUGCUCCCAUCACCCCCGUGCCUGUCAUCGACGUUGACGGCUCCAUCAGGUUUCCCAGCUACUUCCCACGAACAGUCUGGAACUUUUGGUGUUUGAAGAAAAUGAAUAGGGCACAUCGUCUUGUUGAACUCGCUGAGUUCUACCAGCUCGAAGGUUAUCAAUACUGGAGUCGCAUGGCGAAUCCUCAAGAGUCGACCUUUGCAACAGACGGGUAUAUGAGUGAUGAUAGUGACUCCAGCGAGUUGCCGUCUGAUAUCACUCGAUCAGAAGCUGCUCGUCUAUAUCCAGAAGCCUGCCAUCAAGCUCUCGCAGCCACCUUGGGUCUCGUAUACUAUAAGAUCCGCAACGAGAUGGGUGAAGGUCGUCAUUCUCACCUCAUGCCUGCUCAUGCCGCUCCCAAACGCACCCAGGAGGAGGUUGUAUCUCCACAAUCCUCUCCCAGACGCCGAAAGGUAGCUCGUCGUUCUCAAGACAUUGCAUCGCCAACAGGAAGCGCCCUUCCUCACAAAAUCAUCACCAAUUUCAUGACUGCUCCAGCCGGUGAUGCCAAGUCUAUUGUAUCCGAGGGACUCGACAAACUCGUAUGGAACGUCGAACAGACCCAGAUCUCGGAGGAGACGAUGUCUAAGUUCUCUGACUUCGUCAGGGACGAGCCUAACGCUCUGUUGCUCCUUCAAGCCCUCGAACGUGGCCGUAUCAAGUUGCAGCCUAGCCAUAUGGAGCGAGCUCGCGUCUCUCCUACCGAGACAUCUUCCAAACGAAGCUUUAGGUCUGCAAAGCGUGGUCUGCACGAGUCUGGCUUGGGUGAGGCAAAGAGUGACGACUUUGCUAGUGAGAUGAACACCGUGCCAACCGAGAUCAUGUCUCCACAUUCUGCCUCCCGGUCUGAAGCUGAACAAGAAGACGAGGACGAGGCUCCCCCUUCAUCCUCUCCCCCUGAAGCAAAGGAAUAGGUCGCGAUGACCCUCCUUUACACUGUUACCUGUUGGCGAUGGUGGUCUCAUUUGAUAUCUGGUCCCUGGGCUGUGUCUCGUUUGACUUGGACUUCUCUCUCUCUCGUCUAUUUUUGGAUGAAAGAGGGGGCGGUCACGUUAUACUCACGUGGUCCUCCACUCUCGUCACUUUAUAUCGACUUCAACCUUGCUCAACCUCAACACUCGCUCUAUAAUACGCAUCUAUACCAACUACACUACCCUGCGUAACGACUUAAUGACUUGACCGUCGACAGUCAAUGCAUUUCCCGGUGUUGUCAUUCACAUUCUUACCUGGCUGGGAUCGGAUCGGCUUGGUUUUUGUUGGGCUUCUGGCUUCUUUCCACGGCGGCGGCUUCAUUGCAUUCAAUUGCUUGCAUAACGCGGACUUUCGACCUGGAAUGGGAUUGGUUUACGGAACUGCAUUUAUGGAUGGCACACGGAUGGGUCAGGCGUCCUUGCUUUCAAUCAACCGAGAUACCUCCUUUCAAAUAUCUAUGUAAUGAUAUUUCAAAUGCUGUCUACCCACGCCAUGGCCACGAUCAGCGCUCAACUGCUAUAUUCCAUCCCACUUCCUUGUCCCUCGAUCCCGAUAAGUCAUCAAGACUAUACUUGGAACCUUCUAAGACUAUAACCCAACCCAACAAGUUCACACUAACGAACACCCGCGUUAACUUGGACUAUAAGCAGUCCUUCAAGCUGAAUAUUUAGACACUAGUGUCACCCCUACAUCACCUAUAUCCUGCUUACUAUCAUAUACCCUCACCGUAUAUUCCUGUCUCUCUUUUUUUCUGGCGUUACUUGGAUUGGCGAAUGGAAAGUUUCGUUUUGUAAAUAGCUAUCAUUAACGUGAUAGGUAUUAGGUUUCAUAUUAGUCACUAUUUCAAUAUCUUCUCUUCCACUGUCGUAGAUAUGUUCCCUGUAUAUUCCGUAAGUAAGUUCUUCUCGACCUUAGAUUGUGAUCUAUAUCUUGGCUCCCAGAAGGCUGAUGGCUUGGCUCUUCCUGAUAGACUAGCCUCUUUACUUGCUACAUAUGAUCGUUGAGAAUGGAAACAAAUCGCGCGCUCUUUGCAUUUUUAUAUAUUACAAUGAUGAUAUAAUGACUAGGACAACAUUUAUAUUAAAUCAUCUGCUGCCUAUCUUGACAGCCAGGGCCCGGGCUAGACGCAUCAUGUGACAACAUUCUUGGGUUCCGUCUACAUCCGAGCACAACAACAACCACCUCCUCAGCUCCU